AUGGAAUUGAGACGGUUUGGACCCAAUAUUAUAGUCACAGGAACGCCGGGGUGUGGCAAGUCCUCUACAUGUGAGCUUUUGAAGGACGAAUUGAAAGGGUACAAGUACUAUAACAUUUCUGAUUUUGCCAAGGACAAUGAUUGUUUUGAAGCAUAUGAUGAGGCGCGUAAAUCACACAUUGUCGAUGAAGACAAGCUGCUGGACAAACUGGAGCCACUGCUGAGACAGGGGAACAGCAUUAUCGAUUGGCAUGUGAAUGACGUGUUCCCAGAGAGGCUGAUUGACUUGGUGGUGGUUCUGAGGUGCGAUAAUUCUAACUUGUAUUCAAGAUUGCAUGCAAGAGGAUACCAUGAUUCCAAGAUUGAGGAAAAUCUCGACGCUGAGAUUAUGGGCGUCGUCAAGCAGGAUGCCGUGGAUUCGUAUGAACCACACAUUGUGGUGGAGCUACAAGGUGAUACAAAAGAGGACAUGGUGUCCAAUGUGGCACGCAUUGUCGCUUGGGAAAAGAUGUGGCUGGAGCAACAUUCAGAUGGUGUCACUAACGAAUACCAAGGGCCCCACGGUGAUGACGAAGAAAGUGAGUAA